AUGAUCGGCCUCAUUCCACAUGGAGGGUACAGGAUAGCCGAUAAUCAGAGUCGGACAGCCAUCAAAUGGCUUGUUCAUCGACAAACCACUGAUGUUCCCGAUCUUCAGCAUGCUGGUAACACUCGAGAAGUCAGCAUAAAGGAAGGAAUCCUUGUCGAUGGGUACUCACCGUCCACGACCACCGUGUACCAGUUCCACGGAUGUUACUACCACGGUUGUGAGAGAUGUUUCCCCGAUCAAACGACGCCCCUAAAAGGAAAUAGAGCCGAUAAAAUGGGUACGCGGCGUGAAAAAACCGAAGCCACUUCAUCACGCAUUCGUACUGCAGGCUACCAUUUAAUUGAAAUGUGGGAGUGUGAAUUCCGCACAUAUUUAACCAAUAAUCCCGAAACCCCUGCUUUGCUGAAUGGUAAUAAUAUAUUGAGACACGAACCUCUAAAUCCUCGCGACGGCUUCUUUGGAGGUCGGACAAAUGCCAUCAAACUAUACCACAAGGCCGAAGAAGGGGAAGAAAUAAGAUACUUGGACGUGUGUUCCCUCUACCCCUACGUUAACAAGUAUGGGAAGUAUCCUCUGGGCCAUCCUAGAGUACUUGUCACGCCCGAAGAACUUCGUUCCGUCAACAUAGACACCAUAGAGGGCAUGGUCAAGUGUACAGUGUUACCUCCACAAAACUUAUACCAUCCCGUACUUCCGUACAGAUGCCAUGGUAAACUUAUGUUUCCCCUGUGUCGGUCAUGCUGCGAAACAAUGCAGCAAGGCGAGUGUGACCACAGCGAUGAGGAUCGCCGUUUCACAGGCACUUACGUAGCGGACGAACUACGAAAAGCGAUCUCAUCGGGCUACGUUGUGAUAGAUCUUCAAGAAGUGUGGGAGUAUAAGACCACGCAAUACGACCGUACAACCAAAAGCGGCGGUUUAUUCUCCGGUUAUGUGGACAACUUCUUGAAGACCAAACAGGAGUGCAGCGGAUGA